AUGAGUAACAUUAGAAAUUUAGAAACUUCUGCUCCGGGGUAUAAUCCGUACCAAGGAGAUAGUAGAUAUAUUUCUGAAUAUGAUGAAACAAAUAGAGAAAGUUUUACAGCUGAUAUUACUAGUUCUCCCGAAAAUAUAUUAUAUCCUGAAGAAGUCGCCCUUCAUAGGUAUAAUUCAGCAAAAAAUGUAGUACCAGGUCCUGCUGUUAGAAAACUUGCAAGAGGCGAUUCCGUAAAGCAAAUACCAAAACUUGAUAGGUUUGAUCCCACUAGUGGUUUUAAUUCAAGUGUAACUGUCAAAAAACCCGUUACCCUGAUUGAAAAAUUUCAAUCAUGGAUGAUUAAUGAAGGAGCUCGUGCCAUUUUUUUUGGCACAUGGAUAUUUCUUCAUGCUCUUGUGUUUAGCAUGGCCUUUCUCAAUUUCUUUUUUAGCGAUAAUCUUUCAAAUGCACGACAAGCUUUUGGCAUUACAUUUAUAACUGCACGUUCCGCUGCCUUAGUCUUACACGUUGAUGCUGCUAUGAUUUUAUUCCCUGUUUGUAGAAACUUAAUUUCUAUGCUUCGUGCUACUCCCUUAAAUGGUAUUAUCCCUUUUGAUGAGAACAUUGAAUUCCAUAAAGCUAUCGGUUGGUCUCUCGCAUUCUUCACUGCUGUUCAUACCGUUUCUCAUUGGGUCAACUUUUACGAACUCGCUAAAGCUCAAAAUGGUGGUAUCGUCAUGUGGCUUGAACUUAACUUUGCCACUGGUCCCGGUGCUACUGGUUAUGUUAUGUUAAUUAGUUUAGGUAUAAUGGUAUAUACUGCUACUGAAAAAGCCAGACGUAGUCACUUUAAUCGUUUUUGGUACCUUCACCAUCUUUUCAUUCCUUUCUUCGGUGCUUGGUCAUUUCACGGUGCUUUCUGUAUGAUUAAACCCGAUCGUGCUCCUUUUUGUAGCGAUAUUGCUGUAUUUUGGAAAUACUGGAUCGCUUCUGGUGUUAUUUAUGUUAGUGAACGUAUUCUCCGUGAAAUAAGAGCUCAACAAAAAACUUAUAUUUCAAAAGUUGUCAUGCAUCCUUCUCGUGUUGUUGAAAUUCAAAUUAAAAAGAAUAGUAUUACUACAAAAGCUGGCCAAUAUAUCUUUUUAUGUUGUCCUGAAGUUUCUUAUUGGCAAUGGCAUCCAUUUACUUUAACUUCCGCUCCUGAAGAAGGUUAUAUUUCAGUUCAUAUCCGUGUUGUUGGUGAUUUUACUGAAGCUUUGGCCAAAAAACUUGGUUGUAAUUUUGAUGAAGAAGCUGAAUUACGUAAAAAAAAUAGAGAUCGCAUAAAAAGUCAAUACGAUGGGGUUGAUAUUUCUAGUGAUAAUCCUAAACUAUUAAAAGUUUUACCUCGUGUUAUGAUUGAUGGUCCUUUUGGUAGUGCAUCGGAGGAUGUAUUCAAAUUUGAAGUUGCUAUUCUCGUUGGUGCUGGUAUUGGUGUCACUCCAUUUGCAAGUAUUCUUAAAAGUAUUUGGUAUCGUGUCAAUUAUCCAAGAAAAUCUACCAAACUUCGUAAAGUAUACUUCUUCUGGAUUUGCCGUGAUUAUGAUUCUUUUGAAUGGUUCCAAUCGCUAUUGUUAGCUCUUGAAGAACAAGACAUCGAACAAUUUAUUGAAAUUCAUACAUAUUUAACUGGCAGAUUGCGUCAUUCAGAAGUAGGAAACAUUCUUGUUAAUGAUGACGGCAAUGUAAAAGAUACCAUCACAGGUCUUAGAGCACCAACGCAUUUUGGACGUCCAAAUUGGGAUAAAAUAUUUUCAAACAUGAGAGACCAAUAUCCGGCUACCGAUGUAGGUGUAUUCUUUUGUGGUCCAAAACCGCUUGGAAAAGCACUACAUGAAAAAUGUAAUUUAUGGAGUCAAGGAUUCGAAGAUGGAACAAGAUUUUUCUAUGGAAAAG